AUGGGAUCAAAUGAAACGGUGGUGCUCAUCUCUCAGUUCAGUAUCGUCUCCGCAGUUUCUUUCUGCCGUGUCUCUGCUAUAGUCUCUCUGCCGUCUACCUGCCGUGCCUCUCAGCGUUCUUCAUUCUUUAUAUAUGUCCUUCCGGGAACCCGUCUGCUUUUAAAACUUAAUCCUUAUCAAUCGACCAAACUGGCGGCUAGAGUUCCGUCUUCCUCUCUGUCACUCAAUGGUCGUAAAGAUAUUAUCUAUUUCUUUCCGGGAGAGCACGCAUACACCCCUUCUCUAUCUUCCCUUUCUUUCUUUCUUUCUUUCUUUCUUUCUUUCUUUCUUUCUUUCUUCUUGUUAUGUAUGCUUCAUUAUCACACUGAAAAAAAAGCUUCUAAUAUAUCUUUUUCUUUCCGCCUUAACUAUCUUUAUUUUCUUUCUUUCUUUCUUUCUUUCUUUCUUUCUUUCUUUCUUUCUUUCUUUCUUUCUUUCUUAUUGUUGUUGUCGUGA